AUGGGCGACCCCUCCGGCAACCCACCGACCCCUCCCUACUUUGUCCCACCCUCUGCCACCGCCACUUCCGCCGCGCCACCGCCAAACCCUAGCGGCGGUGCCGACGGGGGCAACCCAACGGAUGCUGCGCGCGUGCUCUUCGUCCCGCUGCGCGGGGCACUGCACGCAGGCGCUGCCGCGCGCGCAGAUGGCCGCGCAGGCGCUGGCAACGCGCGGCCCGCGCCGAGGAAGGGGAAGGCGUCGUCGAACAAACGGCCGCACCUCAGUCCCGCCGCCGUCGCGCCGCCGAAGAAAGCGAAGGCGCCCGUCCCCCGCCGGCAGCCUCCUCCUCCGGUGCUGAACCAGGCGCCUCCUCCUCCUCCUCUUCCGCCGACCCAGCCGAGAGCUGCAGCUCGCAUCGGCGGCAGCUGUAGUGCGAUUAGAGCCAAGCAGCAUCGUGGCUCUCCACAAUCCAUGCGCGUGCGGCCGGGAGUGGAAGGUCAGCGCAGCAGCGGCGAGACACAAUAG